AUGGCUAAAACAAAGUCUAGCGCCUCAACUCCGGCGUCCUUAGACAGCCACGAGGCUAAUGGCACAAAGCGUGAAGCUUCGCCUGAAACGGGCCCAACAACCGCCUCUGUUGUCAAAAAGGAAGAAUCUACCAGUGCCGCGAAUUCACCCUCACUCGGCCCCAACCACAUUAAAUCCAGUCGCUCAUCUUCAUCCUCAUCCCGGACCAGGCCUAAUUUGAGCGAGCUCGACAGUAAGCCCAAGAACGAAUCUAAUGGGAGUGCCGUUCCCAUCAGAGCCGAUAUGCCCAAGAAAUCAGGUCGGGCGACCAACAAAGCGCCUCCACGCGUAGCUCCUCUCUUCGACAACUUGCCAGAUGUAACUUCCGAAGCCACCGCCAGCUUCCAGGUCAUCACGUCUAGCACUUAUCAGAACAAGUAUCUAGGUUUCACCGAAGCCGCUUUAGAAUGCGACUGCUCAGAAGAAUGGGAUUCAUCGACGCAGACCAAUCAUGCCUGCGGCGAACACUCAGACUGCAUCAAUCGGGCGACGAAGAUGGAGUGUGCGGAUGAUUGCACCUGCGGAGCAAAAUGUCAAAAUCAACGCUUCACCCGCCGUCGCUUUGCUGAUGUCUCGGUCAUCCAGACGGAGAAAAAAGGCUAUGGCUUGCGCGCCAACACUGAUCUAAAGCCCAACGAAUUCAUCUUCGAGUACAUAGGCGAGGUCAUUGCCGAAAACGCCUUCCGCAAACGAAUGGUCGCCUACGAUGAUGAAGGCAUUAAGCACUUCUACUUCAUGUCGCUCAGUCGAGGCGAGUUCAUCGAUGCCACCAAACGCGGCAACCUUGGUCGGUUCUGCAACCACUCCUGUAAUCCCAAUUGCUACGUCGACAAAUGGGUGGUUGGCGAUAAGCUGCGCAUGGGCAUCUUUGCCGAGCGAUAUGUCAAGGCUGGAGAAGAGCUCGUCUUCAACUACAAUGUCGAUCGAUACGGUGCCAACCCUCAACCCUGCUACUGCGGCGAAGACAAUUGUACUGGAUUCAUCGGCGGCAAAACCCAGACCGAGCGCGGCACCAAGCUGUCUGCGGCCACUAUUGAAGCUCUUGGUAUAGAAGAUGAUGAGUGGGACACGGUCGUCGCUAAGAAGCCCAAGAAAAGAAAGACUGCCGAAGAUGAUGAGGACUAUGUCGAGAGUGUUCCUGCCAAAGCCCUCGAUGCAGACGGUGUCACCAAGGUCAUGGCUGCCCUUAUGCAGUGCAAAGAGAAAUGGAUUGCAGUGAAGCUGCUUCAGCGAAUACAGAACGCUGACGAUGAUCUGGUACGGCACAGAAUAGUGCGACUCCAUGGCUACCGCAUUCUGAACUCGCAACUAUCGGCAUGGAAGGAAGAUGAGAACAUCAUCCUGCAGAUCCUUGACAUCCUCGAUCACCUACCACGCCUGACGAGAAACAAAAUCGUCGACGCGCGUCUUGAUCAAACUCUUGAUACGUUGAGGGAGCAUUCUGACGGUCGCGUUGCAUCCCGCGCUACGGCUCUAGCUGAGACAUAUGCCUCCCUGGAGCUGGCAUAUCGCAUCCCGAGAAGGAAAAUCGAGAAAAGUGAGACUUCGACCCCAAUCAAGACCGAAGCGUCCGUCUAUGAUCGCCGCGAAGCUUCAUCCCAGCGGAGAAGGUCUAGAUCGCGGUCCAAAUCGCCUCCCAGGGGGCCCGCGGCCCUCAAUGCGCCAACCGGACCACGAUCAAGCGUUCGUCCUACCUUUCCCAUUGCACGACCGUUUCCACGGCCUCCACCUCCAUUGCCUCGUGGCUGGCACGCUGCUGUAGAUGGCGGGAGGACAUAUUACUAUACAGACAAGGGCGUGACGCAGUGGAAGAGACCAACACAACCAGUGGAUCUACCUCCGCCCCCACCAAGAGAGCCAUCUCAUCAAGACGUUCUCAAGGGUAUUCUGGCCAAUAUCGUUGACACCAAGAAGGAUGAUGCCAAGACGCCUGAGUCUGAACAGCCCAAGAAAGAGAAGAAGAAGGAAGAGAAGUGGAAAUCGUACGACGAAGAGAAGAAGAUGAAAUUGUACGAGAACACGCUUUUCCCUCACAUCUCUCACGUCAUGAACCGAUACAAGCACAAGAUCCCCCGUGAAGACCUCAAGCGAUUUGCCAAAGAAAUAGCCAAGAAGCUUGUGGCCUCCGACUUCAAAGGCGGCCGGGUCAAGGAUCCAACCAAGAUCGAUGAGAAGCAACAGCGGAAAGUCAAAGAAUAUUGCAAGCAAUUCUUUGACAAGGCCGCACACAAGCAUAAGAAGCACGAGGAGCAAAAGGCGGCGAAGAAGACCAAGAAAGUCGAGGGCGGUCAAGAGACACCAUCGCAGUCACCCUUGGUGAAGGCGGAGUUCGCAGACGACGAUGAGGAUAUCAAGAUGUCAGAUCACGAGCUCGAUGACAAACCCACACUGACGCCGGAACCUGAUACGCCGUCAGAGGCUUCACAGUCGCUCAAGCGCAAGCGAGAGUCUCCGAGUAUCAAAGAUGAAGAUGUGGACGCUCCACGUUCGCCCCUCAAGAAACUCCACCUCGACACCACCGAUGAGAAGGACACGGCUCCGGCACCUCCCCCGCCGCCACCGCCGCCUCCAGCGACCGACUCUCCGAUGGACAUGACGCCUAACGGAAGCACACCUGGCCCAGACCAAGACGGAGAUGGCGAGGCUGAGAUGGAGAUUGACGCUGAGAACGAGGAGCAAGCAGAGAAGCAACUGCAUGCUCAUGGUGGCGAGAGCAAGUUCAAGGAGAUGAGUGUAGCAGAUGUCAAGGCUCUCGCGCAGAUGGGCGAUGAGGAAGACGAGGUUGAGUGGUAG